AAGUGUUUCUGUUCACACACGCACACACACACAUGCACGAGUGUGACAGCAGUGCAGUAGACACCGGGAUCUUCUCAGGCGCGGUGUGUGUGUUAUAUAUAUGCGCUGUGUGACGUCGCAGGCAAUGUGCGUGUGUGUAUGUGUGUGAGAGAGCAGUUGAAAUAGGGUGAGCUGGAAUAGCGGGUCACUCUCAGUUGAAGGAUGGAGUGAGAGCGGGUGUGUUCUUCCGUUCGCGUGGACUGUGAGGGUCUGUGAGUCUCUGGACACCUAUAACGCGCAUUUCACGCAGCAUUUCUGUCUCCGCGCAGGAACACGACAGGCUGAUGCUGAUGGGCUGGUUGGGCGUUUGGGCUUUGUCCGUCCUGCUCGGAUCUUCCCCAUGGCUGGCUUAUGGAGUCCGAGCCAGCGCUGGAACCGAAUCUACAGUAAAGGAGGUUGAAGAGGGACUUCAGCAAUAUGGAGGAGCUGAAAAUAAAGUCAAGCAAAAUGAGGGUCCGUGCAGGAGGACGUACUGUGGCCGGGGUCGGGAGUGUGUGGUCAGGGAGGUAACGGGCCGUGCCGAGUGUGUGUGCCAGGAAAGGUGCCACACUUCGUUUGUUCCUGUGUGUGGCUCUGACGGACAUUUUUAUGAGAACCACUGCGAGCUGUAUCGCACCGCCUGCCUGCAGCACAGGAGAAUCUAUGUGGUCCACAGCAAAGACUGCUUUUUCAAAGGCGACACGUGCACCAUGGCGGAGUACAACAAGCUGAAGAGCAUGCUGCUGGACAUGCAGCCCAGGACCUCCACGGACGGGCAAGCAAACGCUAUGGACCAGAGGAGGACCCUGGUGGACACAAUGUUCAAGUAUAUAGACAGGAACCAGGAUGGCCGUCUCAGCAGUGAGGAGCUGGCAGAGAUCUCCAUAAAGGAGCAUUUGGAAAAUAUCUUAUUGGAGUGCACCAUGCAAGACCUCCUGCGUUACGACGAUUACAACAACGACGGUCACCUGACCCUUCAGGAGCUCUACACGGCCUUCCAGGUGGUUCAGCUCAGUCUAGCCGAUGACAAGCGCCUGAGCAUCACAACAGUGACCGUCGGCCUGAGCGCCGUGCUGUCCUGCGCCAUUCAGGGCACCCUGAGACCGCCCAUCAUCUGGAAGAGAAACGGCAUCAUCCUCAACUUCCUGGAUCUGGAGGAUAUAAAUGACUUUGGCGACGACGGCUCGCUCUACAUUACUAAGGUGACUACCAUUCACAUGGGCAACUACAGUUGUCACGCGUACGGCUACGAGGAGCUGUCCCAGACCCACGUGCUCCAGGUGAAUGUGCCUCCAGUAAUCCUGGUCUAUCCAGAGACUCAAGCCCAGGAACCCGGCGUCGGUGCCAGCUUGCGCUGCCAUGCAGAUGGUAUUCCAAACCCUAAACUCACCUGGCUGAAGAACGGCCUGGACCUGCAGCCACACGGAUCCAAGCAAAUUUCGCUUCUCGAAAUAUUUACAGCAUCAAGAUAAAAGAUGAUUUCAUCACAAAGGCUGAAAAAUUCACUUUCGCGAGAUGACAAAUAACAGGCCUAGCUCAGCGCGGAGACACAAUGUGUCAUUUUGUGUCGACUGGUUUUUGUUUUCUG